AUGGCUCCGACCGCCGUCCAAUCCCCGCUUGAACCAUCUCAAUUCCCCUCCUACACAUACCACAACCCUUCGCCCAAGGUCUUCCCUGACGGUGUCAAGACUGCCGGCCAAUUCGAUCCUGUCUACAACCAGCUUGCCCCAUACUCGGCUUUCCCCAAGGAGAUUACCGGCCCUACAGUAUGGCAUGCUGAGGAGUACAAGAACAACCCAGAGCGCUGGACACACCCUUUCAGCGACGACGAGAUUGCCGAAAUCAGCAAGGCUGCCGACGACUUCAUCGCCUCGGCCACCCCGCUGACUGGCAUCACCAAGGAGAAGUUCCCCCUGCCCUCUGCCACCGGCCGCCUGCUGCACUCGCUGCGUCACGAGCUGCUCAACGGCAAAGGCUUCAUCCUCUUCAAGGGCUUCCCUGUCGAGAAAUGGGGCCUGCACAAGUCCGCCGUCGCUUACAUGGGCCUGGGCACAUACCUUGGCUAUUUUGUCAGUCAGAAUAGCCGUGGUCACGUCUUGGGUCACGUCAAGGACGUCGGUGAGGACAGCAGCCAGAUUGACAAGGUCCGCAUCUACCGCACCAACGCCCGCCAAUUUUUCCAUGCCGACGACAGCGACAUUGUCGGUCUUCUCUGCAUAGCUCGUGCUCUUGAGGGCGGUGAGUCUGAUCUCGUGUCAAGCCACGCUGUAUGGAACGCACUGCAGAAGGAGAACCCUGAUGUCGCCGAGUUGCUCACCCAGCCCAUCUGGUACUUUGACCGCAAGGGUGAAAAGUCUGUUGGCCAGCAAGACUGGAUCCGCACAUCCGUCUUCUACCUCGAGCCUAAGCCCAAUGGUCGUGUCUACUCCAAAUGGGACCCUUACUAUGUCAAGUCCCUUACACGUUUCAGCGAUGCGGGCAUCAUCCCAGCCCUCUCGGCUGAACAACUCCGCGCUGCUCAGAUCCUCGAAGACACAUGCGUGCGUCUAUCUCUGCACAUGAUUCUCGAAGUCGGUGACAUCCAGUUCUUGAGUAAUGAACAUGUCCUGCACGCUCGCACAGCCUACAAAGACCACGCCCCUCCACUUCCGAGACGUCAUCUUAUGAGACUCUGGCUCGCUACCCCAGAUACUGAAGGUGGUUGGACCUUGCCCUUCGAGGACUCUUCCCACAGAAAGCGUGGUGGCAUCCAAGUUAACGACAACCCUCCUGUCGCCCCCCUCGACGCCGAAUAA